CAACACCGUAAUGAUGUCAGUACUGUGUUGCACAUGUUCACAUGGGAACCAAGACAGACAAUAAAUUACCACAAAAGAGGAAUAUUGAGAUUUGACUUUACACUGUAUUUACAGAAGGAAGAAAAACGUGUAUUCGUACAAUUACCAGUGCUCUCAGUACCUGAAGUGACAAACGUCGUGUCAGGGAGGUCAGAUGGCUAAACAACUUGUUUCACCAUUGAAGAGGAAAGAAAAAAAGAGAUAAAAGAGUGGAAAAUCUGGACAUGCAUGGCAGGAUCUCGCAGUUGUUCUUGAUUAAUGCAUUAACGUUUGGCCUGGAGGUAUGCCUGGCUGCUGGGACCAUCUACAUCCCUCCAAUGCUGCUGGAGGCAGGAGUAGAGGAGCACUUCAUGACCAUGGUUCUGGGUUUGGGGCCUGUGCUGGGGUUGAUCUUUGUUCCAUUGAUUGGCUCGUCAAGUGAUAGUUUGAGAAGUAAAUAUGGUCGUCGACGACCCUUCAUCUGGGCAUUGUGCAUGGGUGUCCUUCUUGGACUCUUGAUCAUCCCUCAGACGUCCACCCUCGUUACCCUGUUUACAACACAAGAAAGCCAUUGGCUGGAGGUCCCACUACUGGUUCUUGCCAUCUGUUUGAUGGAAUUCUGCGGCCAGGCCUGCUUCACUCCUUUGGAGGCCCUGGUAUCAGAUCUCUUUCCUGGUGAAGAUGAGAGCCACAAGGCCUUCUCUGUGUACUCCCUAAUGCUCAGCCUGGGUGGAUGUGUGGGCUACCUGCUACCCGCAGUUGACUGGACCACUUCGGAUACUGUGGUCUACCUGGGUGGUCAAGAAGCCUUCAUUUACGUUGUGCUUACCUUUAUCUUUCUUGGUUGUUUGAUGGGUACAACCUUUAUCUCUGAAGAGCACACUGAUAGAAAAACGGUCGGAGAAGUGGAGGUAUCAAGAAAGCCUGCAAAAACUAAAAAUUGUUGGAACCCCUGUGCAGGAUUCCACAGGGUUCUUUUCUGCCGAAGAACUCUCUCUAGUGUCCUAUCUGUGUUUCCGCGACUCUACACGCUCUGCAGUCAUAUGCCAAAAGUCAUUGCAAGGCUGUUUGUUGCUGAGCUGUUCAGUUGGAUGGCCCUUAUGUCCUUUAUGAUGUUUUACACAGACUUCAUCGGAGAAGGACUGUAUGAUGGGGUGCCCAGUGCAGAGCCUGGUUCCCCUGGAAGGAUACGCUAUGACGAAGGUGUACGAAUGGCGAGUCUGGGACUUUUUCUGCAAUGUGUGACGUCUGUGGUCUUUUCGGUGGUUAUGGAGCAUAUGGUGUUGCAGUUUGGUGCUAGGAAGCUGUAUCUGAGCAGCGUGGUGAUCCUGGCAGUGAGUACAGCUAUCAUGACCGUCUCUCGCAACAUUACAUUAGUCACCAUUAUGGCUGCUGCAACAGGAUACACCUUCUGCACCCUGCAGAUUCUGCCCUACACGCUAACAUGCCUUUACCACUCUAACACACAGGUGUAUUUUUCCAGUGACAUACGCAAACAUUAUCUCAGUAAAGAUGAUCUGCGUUUGAUCAAGUCUGCAGGCAUACAGUCCUUGACCAAGCAGAAAAGGAACAUCAACGGCUACCACAGUGACACGCCCAAUAUGAUACCCUUCCAAAGCAAUGUAGCAACCUCAAAACCACUUGAUCUGCAUGUGUCUGUCUCCAUGGAGUCACAACCCACACCCCUAGCCCUCAGAGGCAUGGGUACAGACAUAGCCAUAUUGGACAGUGCCUACCUGCUCUCUCAGGUAGUGCCAUCUCUUUUCAUGGGCUCCAUUGUGCAGCUCUUUAACAGUGUAACUGCCUACAUGGCCUGUGCGUCUUUGAUGAGUAUGGUGGCUGUGUACUUCUCCACUAAGAUUGUCUUCGAAAAGGCUGAUUUAGACACAAGAUGACAGUGAUUUCACCUAUAGAGACAAGGACUCUGGAUUGUGACAGGAAGCUUAAAAGGCCACGUAAGGCUUCAGAAAUGUACAAGGCAUCUGGUUCUGUUUUCACUGAUAUAUACAUUUAUAUGUGUCUAAAAAAAAAUGAUAAAGAACUUAAAAUGUAAAUGCAAGCACUUUAUUUUAAAAGCAUUGCUUGUCAAAUAUUUGGGGAAAAAAUUUGGCCUUUAAUUUCAAAUGGCGUUGGCCUAAAUUAUAUUAUCAUUCUUAUUAUUAAUAGUGCACAAUUAAUUUGACAAAAUGAUAAUUAUUUAACCACUAGUGUCUUGUUUCAUUAUGCUUCUGACAUUGUAAUUGCAAUUUUGCACAAUUUUAUACCCUUAAAGGAGAGCAAUUACAAAAUUUACGAUGAAGGUAUUAAUAGAUGUGUGUGUGUUGAACUCUGCAAGGGGUUAAAAGAGUAAAACAUUUUGCUCUUUAUCAUGAUUUGUGCUAAGUUUAGUGGAAAAACAGGUGUCUAUUAUGUCUCAAUAAUUUAUCUAUGCAUUUCAUUUCAUGUGUCUUAAACAAGUUAUUCUAUUGUUUUAUUAUAUAUUAAGUACAUUUACUAUUUGUUUCAAUUGAGAUAAAGUUGCUAUCUCUCAAAAUAGCAAUGUUAUCUAAAAGAUAAAAACUAUCUACAACACAAAUAUUGUGUCUUUGAAGUUGGUUAGUUUGAAGUUGCGGAUUAUUGUUGAUUUUAUUAAACACUAUGUUGACUACGGUAUGUUAAUAAUGUGUUCUCCAAUGAUUUUGGAGGUAAUCCAAAUAUGUUUAAUAAAAGU